UUGUGAAAAUAUGAACCGCAUAUUAUACUGCCUGACAGUGUUUAAAGCUAUGUUAGCUUGGAAGAACUGGGUGACUAGACGAAAUUUUGUCUUUAGACAAAAAGUGGAAGUGGUUUUCACUUGGAUAAUGCAAAGUUGAGUCAUCUCGACGAUUACUGGCACUCCUCCAAGUGGCGAUCCCUGGUGCCUUCACCAUAUUCCUGUCAAGCAAAACCGAUGAAUGAGGAGUCGUCGUGACAGUGAUAGGCGAGGUAAAAGCAGACAAGGACUAUGAUCUCUCCAACUCCUUAAGGACAAAUGAGCAAAUUCAAGGGAAGAAACAACAGAACUAGUCGGAGUAACAAGUUUGUGGGAGUAAGACAGAGGCCUUCUGGGAGAUGGGUAGCUGAGAUCAAAGACACGACACAGAAGAUACGGAUGUGGCUUGGGACAUUUGAAACUGCUGAAGCGGCUGCUCGUGCCUAUGAUGAGGCUGCCUGUCUUCUGCGUGGUACCAAUACCAGGACAAACUUUGUUACCCAUGUUUCUGCUAAUUCUCCUCUGGCUUCCCGGAUUAAAAAUCUGCUUAAGAGCAAGAAAGGCGUGGUGGAAAAACAGAAUCUUGAUACUUCUAGUACCAACACGAGCUCUUUCACCAGUAGUCCAACUAGCAGUGGGGGCGAUUAUCUUUCAAGAGGAAUGGUAAAGGAUCCUGAUCACUUGUUUGAUAAUGCAUACAAACCUGAUAUGCAAAAUUUUGAUGAUGAAUUUUACUUGAGCUCUUCAUAUGAAUCAAAUAUUUCAUGGGGCUUGGAAAGUGAUGGGGCUGAGAAAGUUUCAUAUGCUCAAGAAAUGUGGGAGUUGCCAAAGAAUAACAUGGCUGAGGCAAGUACCGGAUUGGAAGUUUCAGAGUUUGAGCACAUGAAAGUCGACAGACAAAUAUCAGCAUCGCUUUGUGCUGCAAAUGGUGUCCAAGAAUAUAUUCAGACUGUCAAUGACCCAAAUGAUUCUAUCUGGGAUCUUCCAGCUUUAUGUUCACUGUUGUGUUAAAUUUAAUGGUUUUGUAGGAUCUUUAAGUUAGUUAAUCCUUUCUCUGUGUUGCGUUUCCUCGGAGAAUAGAGGAAGAUAUCAAGUUAUAAUAUUCAAGAAUAUGUUAGGACUUGGCACAAUCAAAAUGUUGUUUUUUUGUUCUUCAACUAUUGCUCAUUGUCAUA